AUGCUUUCCUGUACUUUGAAGGCUAUAAAUAGUCAUCAAUUUUUGAUGCCUUGUCUAGAAACUUCUAUCACCUCUACUCAUACUGGCAGCAACCAUUGGUGGGAAGAAGCUCUAAGUAGCCCUACAACUCCUUUCAUCUGCAUUCAGUUUAUCAAAAGAAUCUCUUCUGCAAUGUGUGUGGGGACUUGUACUCGGAUCCUGGGCCCAUGCCUCCUUAUCUUGGGCUUUCUUUCCAUUACUGCUAAUAUUCUCCUACUCUUUCCCAAUUGGGAAUGGUGUUACCUAAGCCUGGGCCAAAUAUCCAAGAGGGCAAUGCUAAUGCCAGGGGUGUGGGGAGGAGGCCUGCUGGUUUUUCCUGCUGCAAUUCAGAUCACAGGUAUUGGAUGGAGGUGGAAGUACUUCAGCAGCUCAGGAACUUGCUGUAAGAUGUUUCUUUCCAUUCUGCUAUCAGGAUUGGCUCUCCUGGGAUCAGCGACCUGUUUUAUUUUGUCUGGUUCAGGCUUGACGGAGGGGCCUCUGUGUCUCUAUAAUUCCACCCUCAAUCACAACAAGGUGCAACAGUGGGGCUACCCGUUUCUUGAAAUGGACUACCCCGUCUUCAACCAUGGGGUUCAGAAUUACCUGUAUGAUCCUUCCCUUUGGAAUUCAGUUUGCAUCAAGCCACAGAAUAUUGUUGGCUGGAAUGUGUAUUUCUUCUCUUCCCUCCUAGUCGUCAGCAUGGUUGAAAUGGUCCUGGCUGCUCUCCAAAUUAUCAAUGGCUGUUUUGGAUGUGUCUGUGGCUUAUGUGAACAGAAGAAAUAGGCACCUUUCGGAAGUGUUUUUAACCUUCAGUUCAUUUGUACAGAUCAGAUUACAAAGAUAUGUGAUAACUUGAUUUACAACUAUAUCUUUUGUCACUUCACCCUGCAUACAUAGCUGGUUCUUGCACUGUCAUGUAAGAACAGAGAAGAUGUUGACUCCCCCCCCUGCCAAUAGUGAUCUCCCAUUACCAACCCUCCAGGGCAUCACAGAAGAACUAAUAGAACUAAUUUGUAGCAGUCACUAUCAGGCCAUAGAGACUGAAACUGCUAUCACUAUAAACAUUCUCACAGAGCUAGAGAGCUAGGAAGCUGACUUCAAUAUAAUAAUCAUAAUGAGUUUAUAAUUAGUAUAAUGUGGUACUGUGGUGUAUAUUUAUGCACAUAUUUAUUUGUGUUUCUGUUUACAAGAAACCCUUAACUGUUAUGCUAAAUGUUUUUAAUUCUAAGAAGUGAGUGAAUGAGACAUAAGCCAGAAAUUACAGUGAUUUUUCUGAGAUAAGAGAGGUACAGCACAGACAGGAGGCCUGAAUGGAAAAUGCUUGCUCCAAAUUCUAAUUAAGGCAGAUCCCUUGAUUUGAAGGUCUACUUUCUACCUCAUAGGUGGUCUAGAAGGCCAAAGCCUGGGGAACAACUUUGGCCUGAAUUCAUGGCAUUUUUGCCCAGACUAGCAAAUGAAAAGUGGUGACCAAGACCAUUAAUCUGAGAAAGGAUAGACAUUUCACUUUUUAAAACAGGAAUGGGCAACACAGAAUCCUCUAGCUAUUUCAAUAAUUAGAACCCAAGCUGGAAUAGCUAAUGUCAGACAUUGAGUGGGACAUAGUCCAAAAUAUCUUUUAUUACCAACCACAGCAAACUAUUUCCCAAGGAAACCAGGUCAGUAUGGUACAACAUGUUGAAUUUUCAUGCCUGAUAUUUGAAUAGUACCUUCAUGUAUAUGUAUGUGCAUGCUUGGGAUAUGGAAAACUAAGCAGUACAUCUGUCAAUUCUCUGAUGAAGCAGAGGGCUAAAUAGUCCCAGGUGCCAUUUCCUUUCUAAUCCUUUAUCUCUCUUCACCCCAUCCACCCCAUAGCAAGCUUAGAAACCACCCGAAAGCACAAACAAUCAAAACUGGCGAGACAGGCUGCCAUGUUUUUCUUUCAUUUGAAUGCUUAAAAAUACAGUUGAAAGAGUCCUUCAGAUGGUGGCUUGGCAGCACAUUCUCCUGAAUCCUUCAGUAUUUUAUGUAUUUUAAAUGCUACUCUUCCAAUAUUGGCAGGAGCAUGUUUUUGUCAGAAAAAGCAGCACUGAAAGCAUUACCCUUUUGUACUUGUGUGUGGUGUCCCAACACACACACACAAAAAAGGGUUGGCUUGCAUCAUGAUAUCAUGACACUGCUUUCAUCAUUUUGCCCCGAUCUUUCUUGCUGUGCCAGUUAUCCCUUCAGGCCUAGUGAAAUUGUACAGAGGUCAUCAGAUACUGUAACUAUAUUCAUAGCCUUUUAAAAUACUUACUGGCAUUGCAGUAGCUGAAAAGAAAUGCUGCUAGGGAGCAAGGAUUUUAACCUUGGCAGCUUUAGAUACUGUAUAGCAGUGUUUCUCAACCUUGGCAACUUGAAG